AAGUUUCUAUUUUUCACUAUUAGCUACAUGAAAAUGUUGUUUAGUGACAUAUCUUGCAUGUUUAUUUCUGCAGGGGAGAUUUGAUUGAGUCACACUAGACAUUAUCGGGUUAUUAUUUGAAAAGCUCAGCCAUGUUUAUGUGGUUUAAAACAUGACACUGUUCAAGUUUAAACUGUCAGCAGACUAUGUAAUCGUUCCUUCUGUUGACUUUAAAUAAACCCAACAGAAGAGAAGGGCUGAAACAAAUAAUCGAAUCAACAUUUAAUUAACUUUUUUGAUUUUGAACAAGAAAAUGAUUGUUAUUUGCGGCCAUGUGCCCGGGUCAGUUUGAGAUAUUUAAUCUCAUCUGACAAACACUUUUCUUUUCCAAAUUGCCUUGACAUUGGGUUUUCUGACAAUUCUACAUCAAAAUGACUCAAGUUAACAUUAUUUAAAAUACUGAAAUUGACCUAUGAUUAUUUUUUAAUGUAUUAUUUUGAUUAUAAUUAUAUUAUAGUUAUAUAUACUUUUCAAAACAGAGGUACUGUCAUCAAGUUCCAGACUAACACUAAAACAUGAUGAAUUACUUUAAGCUGUGGCAUUGUACUUUUAAACAGACUUUAAAUUAGAAACAUCUUUGCUGGAUGAAGUGUAGCUUUGUCAAUACAACCCUUAAAUACUGAAUCAUGCAACAACAACAACUCUUUACUCUAUUGGUACAUUGCAUUAUCUGAGCUGUUCAAUCUGAAACAAGCAAACCUGAUCCUCUUUCUACAAGUUGCCAAAUCAAUUCUCAGGUUUCUGCUCUGCACUCUGUGGCUUCUGAGUAAAACAUUCAAACUCCUCAGGCACCAAAUGAACAACAGCUAUUCAAAAUACACUUUAAAUGCUUUAAAAGCUUCUGCUGCUCCAUUUCACAUGCUGGAAAUGGAAUGGAAUGUCACUGUGGUCUGGAAUGUGUUAAUAAACGCAGACAUAGUCUGACCUAGUUGUUUUUGCCAAGACGGUAUUUAAAAAAAAUCUAAACUCUUUUUGGAAAUACUGAAACUCUGUCACUGAAUGAAAAUGAGCUUCUAGGAAGAACUGGACCCAUCAAAAGGGUGUGUUCUUCCUCUUUUUUUUAGAAAUGAGGUCAUACUUCUCCAACUUUUCAGGCAGUUCACCAUGGCCGCAAUCACCCCCACUUUAAGUGCUGUUUUUGGCUUAAGUGUGAAAUCAUCUCCAGACAACUUAAGCUCUACAACACAAUCUGUCUCUGACAACGUCAGUGGAUUCCCAACGGAUACUACGACUAUGAAUAUCCAGAGGGUGGCUACGGGAGAUGUACUUAUGAGCGUCAUGGCGCCACUUUUCUUCCUGCCCUCUACGCCAUUUUCUUCAUCCUUGGCAUUGUGGGUAACUCUCUGGUCAUCUGGGUCAUUGUUUGUGGUGUUCGGCUGCGCAGCAUGACGGACGUGUGCCUCCUGAACCUGGCUGUCGCUGACCUCCUCUUGGUUUGUUCACUUCCUUUCCUCGCCCAUCAAGCCCGGGACCAGUGGAUGUUCGGGGAACAUAUGUGUAAAGGGGUUCUGGGUAUUUACUACAUUGCUUUCUACUGUGGGAUCUUUUUCAUAAGUCUCAUGAGCAUUGACAGGUACUUGGCAAUAGUACACGCUGUCUAUGCAAUGAGAGCACGGACCAGGUCCUUUGGAAUGAUUGCAGCUGCAGUAACAUGGUUGGCUGGAAUUUUGGCGUCUAUCCCUGAGCUCAUCCACCUCAAACUCCAGGAUGGUUCCAAUAAAACUCAGUUCUGCUACCCUGACUAUCCAACAAGUACGGAUGAUUCUAGUCCAACCAACUAUCACUUCUGGACAUUGUUCAGCCUUUUUAAAAUGAACAUUUUGGGUCUUUUUGUCCCUUUCUUCAUCAUGGGUUUUUGCUACUCACAGAUCAUCUGGAGGCUGCUGUACAGCCCGUCGUCCAAGAAACAGGCCAUCCGUAUAGUUCUUAUAGUGGUGGCUUCUUUCUUCUGCUGCUGGGUGCCCUACAACGUUGCAUCCUUAUUCAAAGCUCUGGAGCUGUUACACGUCUAUACAGAAUGCGAGAGCAGCAAAGCCAUCAGAUUGGCUCUGCAAGUCACUGAGGCUGUUGCUUACUCCCACAGCUGCCUGAACCCAGUCCUUUACGUGUUUCUUGGGAGGAAGUUCAGGAGCCACUUGGUGAGGUUAGUAAACAGGGCUCCCUGCAGACUGUGUCAGAUUAUCAAGGUGUACCUGCCUCAGGACCGAAUCAAUGGAUCGGUGUAUUCACAGACCACCAGCAUGGACGAGAGGAGCACUGCUGUGUGAAGUGGUUGAAUGUGGCAAAGAGGGUUUUAAGGUAUAUGAGUUGUGUUUACUGUUAUUUUCUGUGUGGUCAUGCCGACAAUAAGGACAUUUCUCUUUCAUUUUCUUUUCAGGUCAUAAAUAGCUAAAAGUACCCUAAAUAGGUAAAAACACAUAUGCACAGCAUUUAAAAAAACAUUGCUUAUCCAUGCUUGUUUACAAUGCGUAUUUCAGUGGGAAUAAAAGAGUUUCUGUAA